AUACGAUGCACACAAGAUUGUUUUCUCAAACUUGGCAACUGCUGGCCAAGAGCGUCAUAGCGUCACUUCGUUGUUGAUACCGUGUUGAUAUUAGAGUGAAUUUUGAGUGACUCUUGGGCCAAGAUCUUAAGUUUGAGAGAGCUAAUCGUUCAGAACAUGAUGUGUUAUUACACUUGUGAAGAAGUGAAACAGCUUCGUGAUGCCAGAGUUAAAUCAAAAUCUCACCCUUCUACACGAUGCAGUACCCAAGUCUAGCUGGCAAUGUCAUCCACAGCCUUGUUUUGCCAGAGUGGAUUUCUGGUUACGAAAAGUAUACUUUGUAUCCAAGGAUGACUCAACAAAAGUCCUCGCAACCAGUUUACUGGGAAAACACCAUGAACAACAGAAAUCCCAAGUCAGAUUGGCUCGAGUAUGAAUUGGUCAGUUAUCUCAAUCCACAUGAUUUAAAAUCCUUUGAAAAGAUCAACAAGAGGCUGAAACGUCUCACAUCUGGUCUUGCUACAACAUGGGAAGAAUCAGAGUCAGAAAAAAUGCUUGGUGUGGGCAAGCGAAAGAAAAUUCCAAGCUCAAAAUUGCAAGAUGCAGCGGCUUUGGUUGUUGAGAAACCGAGAAGAGGUAAUCCAAAAAAAGUGACAAAUACUACGACUGAGAAUGAAGGAAACAAUCAGCCAUCUUCCUCUAUUAUCGUUCAUCGUUUUGAGAGUGGGUCACCUUUCGGCCGGAAUAAUUCUGGGAAUGCGGGAGGCAAUUUGCCAAAUGUCCCUUUCGUUCGUCAGUCUGACAAUGGGUCGCCUGUCCUCACUAACAUUACGACUGUGAAUGCAGGAAACAAUUUGCCGUUUUUCCCGUUCGUUCAUCCGACUGAUGACAGAUUGUGGCCACCUUAUGCCCCGAAUAAUACUACGACUGGGAAUGAUUUCGUCGCCCGUGGCAGAUGACACUUCCGUCGGAGUCUCCUACAGAUGUCUACAAUGUUAGUUCUCCUCCACCGAUUGCAAUGCAUCAAUCCCCUCCAUGUUUGAUCGAUGGCUCUGCAAACAUCAAUUCGUCAAGCAGAUCGGCAUCAAGUUACAUUUCAACAUCAAGUAACAACGUUUCUUCCAACCGUUUGAAAAGGCGAAGACUUCAUUACAGUUCCGGAAGUGAAAAUAUUCCUCUUGCAAAUUCUCAGUUUGAAGUAAUCCAACAACAACUGAAAAUUGAUUUGUUUUUUUUUUCACACAGAAAAUGUCGUGUUUUGUUUAUAUUCUGUUUGUGUGUUGUUUUAUUCAAUUGAAUUGUUUCCAAACAUGGCAUCACGCAAUAAAAUGACUUACCAAUUAAAA